AUGGAAAGGAAAAGUCUUUAAAAUAAAAGAGACUAUAAUCUUCCAAUAUCCAAGAAUCAGAAGUAAAUAAAUAUAAUUUCAAAUACUUCCUCUAUUAGAAUUAUAAAUUUUGCUGAGAGAUUUGAUAUAUCAAAGUAAUUGAGGAAAUCAAAGGCAGAUUCAGGGAAUGCUCCACGAUAAAUUGAGAACUCCAGCAGAUCUAACUCAAUCAAGGGUAGGAAGCUUUCAUUUUGCGAUGCACAACUAACUGUAUCUCAGAAUACACUUGAGACAAUUGGUACUUGUUUAUAUUUUGUCAUAAAAUAUCUAGAUAGAGUACCUCUAAAUUAGAGAGAGCGUGAGACAUUUUAAAGGCUAUCAGCAGCAGGAUUGGCAGUAAAUGGUAUCGGGAAUGGUUUCUCUUCUAAUAUUGAAUCAAAUACUACUUAAAAUCAGCAAGAUCAAUAUAAAUCAUUUAGCAUGAUACCUCCUUUUACAAGCAAAACAAAUAGGAGUCCUCUUAAAGAAAAUUAAGUCAAAACCCAAUUCAAUGUAUACUCAAAUUAUAAUUAGAAAAUAAAGAAGUAAGAAUAGCAGAAAUAAACUUCAAAGCAGUAAAAUCAAAACUAGACUAAAUAGCCUGCAACUUCAUUCUUAUUAACUUUUAACAAAGAUAAAUCUGAUUCUCCUCGUGAUAAUAGAAAAAGAUCAGAGGAGUAAUUAAAGACCUAUGGCAAUAAUAAGAGUGGUCACAAAAAUAAAGAAAAUGAUAAAAAUGUCUACUUGUUUAAUCAAUAAUCUAAUGUGUUCAAUAAUAAAAUGAGCUCUAUUGAUUUUGAUGUUGAAUUGAUUCCUUAACACAUUUAACUAUAGAAGAAUGAUAGCAAAGAUUAAUAGCCGAUUCAAAGAAUUUUAAAGGCAAAUAUUAUCAAAGAAAGUAGAAUUAAGAAAUUAGAGUAAGAGGGUGAAAAGAUUAAGCAGCAUUUUCUCAAGUAAUAGAACUCUAGCAAUAAAAAAAGAGCAAAAACCUCAUUUGAUAAUCGUUUUUCAACACCUAGUACAAUUGUUAAAGAUAAUCUCAAGAAACAUGGAUAAAAACAGAAGAAAGUUUUCCAAUAGAUAUUGGUGCAAGAGGUACAAAAGACAAUAAAAUAAUAGCAAAAUAAAGUAAAGAAUUAGUUGAUCAGAGAAAGAAAUCAGAAUCCUAGUCAAGUAAAGCAAAAGUUAAAGGAGUAAAAUAAAAGUGUCUUAAUCUAUUAAAAACCUAAUUAAAAUGCUCCGUUAGCAAUUAUUAAAGAGUAAUAAAGCAUAAACCAGAAACAAGUUAACAAAACAAUUGAUGAAGGAUUAAAAAUGAAGAGUAAAAGUCCUAUUAAAUCAUUUCAUUAAGGAAGAAAUAAAGAUAUGCCUCUAAAAGUUAGCAAUGAGUAAUAGUAAAAAAAGAAAAAAUAUGAUUUAGGCCUAGAAAUAUUUGAGCUCAAGAAAGAAAUGGGUAUGUAUGGUGAGGAUAAGUAAUAACUCAGCAUUGAAAAAAUAUUAACAGAAAGAUCAAAGAAAAAGAAAAUUUAAAAGUUAAAAAAAGAGCUAAUUAAAGCAUAGCAGGAGCAAAAUGAAGUAUAUAUAAACUAGAAAAAACACUAAGAAAAUCCUUAAUUGCAAAAACUCAUUUCAAAAUAGUUCAAGAAGAGAAUAAAAUAGCAGAAAUAGGAGAAAAUUCUGGAAAUAAUCAGUCAUUAGAAAGUUAUGGCCAACUUAAAAACUCUUAAUGAGCAGACAGAGAGUAAAAGACAUCAUAAGCGUAAGGAGUUUUAAAAAGAAAAUAAUUAAAGAGGAAAUAACUUUAAAACCGUCUAAGACAUUGAUACUUCAACCAAUAUAAUAAAAGGAAAAGAUAUCAUAAAUGGACAAGUGAGCAUUCCUAGUCAAAAAGAAAAGGACAAUAGAAAAUCAAUGCUUGAACAGAAUAACAGAUCUGUAUCUCAAAAGAGAUAAAAAGCCUAAUCAAGAAUUGAUAAAUUUAGUCCACCAAAAAAUAAUCAAAACAAUCAGGUUGCAAUAAAUAAUAGGAAGAAGCUAAAGAUCAAAUAAAGCUUUGUAAAAGAGCAGAAUAUCCCGAAGUCAUCCCGCAUCUCACUUCUAGAUCCAGUAAAUAAAAUUCAAGUAUAAAUACCAAAGACCAAGAUAAUAUACUCAUAUGUAUCUAACGAUAAUUAAAUUGCAAAAAGUAAUAAAAACUUGAAAUAGAUAUCUCCAUAAAAGGAUGUUUAUAACAAUCAAAUGAAAAAAAGUGUUUCAAAACAGAGACUAAUCAAGAAAAUCAUGAAACAACUUGAGAAGUAGAAAGAUAGUUAAGAAAGCUUUAGAAGAUAGAAUUAACGAAGUAGAUCAAAGAGUCUGAAUAGAAAGCAUUCAUAUAAAGAGAAAGGCUAACAAGCAGAUCACAGAAUUAUAUCAAUAGAUACUCCAAAUCUAAAUUCGAAUAGACUUCAUAUCUUGAAUUAAAAAUCUUAAAUAUCUAAGUCUAGUGCAACAACGCAUAGAAUGUAGCAACUAGACUCUCCACAUAGAACGAAGCAACUUGAUUUUAUUUAAAAUCCAGAAAGACUAGUUAAGUAAAAAACAAAUCAAGAUGUAGAUACAAGUGCUAUCAGUGACAAUGUCAUGAUUGAUGAUGAAAUGAUGAUAUUCUGUGUGCUAACAACUGCGGCUUCAAUUAUCUAAAGGAAUUUUAGGAACUAUUUGUUGAAAAAAAAUAGAAGAUUUAUUUUGCAAAAUUAGUUAGUACAGGAAUAUCAAUAAAAUGUAUCUCUUAAUCAAACAAAUUAAGAGAUUUUCUUAAGUGAAAAUCAAGUUUUAUCUGAGAGUACUAAACUUGAGAAUAGAUUUUUACCAAUAAGUGCCUUGAGUAAUAAAAAUCUAAAUGAUUUGAAGAAAAAAACUCCUAAGCAUACUUUUUCAUUUGGUAACUAUGAAGAUAAUAACUAAUCUUCAAAUCCAUAAAUUUCAGUCUAAAACAAAACAAUUGAAAAAUAAAAAUCCCCAGAUAAAAAAUCAGUUUAAAAAGCAAAAUAAUAAAUAGAGGAUAAAUCAUUUAGAUUGGAUUCAAGUCUAGUAGAAGACUCAAGACCAUAAUUCCCUCCUGACUCAAAGGAUAUUUACUUGAGUAGUUUCAAUCAGUAUAAAAGCAGCUAGGAGGAAUCAAAGCACAUCUCAAGUUAAAAUAAUAGCAGCAAAGAUCUUGAUCGCCUUCUUAAUAUAAAUGAUAAAUUCAAAUAUGCUUUAAGAAAUUUAGCUGAAAAAUAAAAGCAAGUCAAUAUACUGGAUAAAUUCAAAGCUAAAAAUGAUAAGAAACCGUAGCGUUAAGCUCAGAUCUCUGAUCUAUAACUUGAAUUAGAGUAGAUAUAUUAGCAAAAUAAAUUGGAAUCCAAUAGAGUUUAGAGAAAUCAACACUUCAUUAAUGAAAGCUAUGGAAAACAUUCAUAAUCUUAGACUCAUCAAGAAUACCUAAUGGAAUCACUAUAGGAGUAAAUUAAUAUGAUAAAUGGCGACAAUCAGAAUAGCUAAGUGGAACUUUCUAAAAUGUCUAUAGAGUUUGAAGAUGAGUCAGAAGAUGCUAUUUAAUCGGAAUUGUAGAUACCUUAAUAAUAAGAUCCUCAAAAAGCUCCAGUAGCUAGCAUCUCAGAAUCUUAAAAUGCAUAUCAAUUUCAAUAAAAAAUUGACCCAUAAAAGCAUAAUAAUAUUAUUGAAGUUAAGCGAGUUUUAAAUGAUGAAUUGAGAUUUAAUGAGGACAGCUAGAUAAGCUCUCUUUUAAGCUCUAAAGGAGAUUAAACUGAUAAGAUAAUCAAAUUCAGCCCAAUAAACACAAACGAGGAACUAAUUGAGGCUGCUAUUAAUGAAUCAAAUUCUUUAAAUAAUGAAGAAUCAUUAAUGAUUAACGAUUCUAAUAUCCAAAGUAAAGUAGAUGAAACUUAAAAACAAAUAUCGAAUUCUGACUAGUUUGAUUAAAAGGAAAACUAACAAUAAAAUAUCUCUAUUCAAGAUAUUAGCAGACACGAGAUUAAAAUUGAAGAUUUCGUGAAUUAUCCAAUUUUUGGCUACAAAGUAAAAAAUGAAUCAGUGCUUGAUAACUCCAAAGCUGAGAAAUUAAGUAAGAGUGAAAGAAAUUCUAAAAUUUACAAUCCAAUUGAUGAUGAUGAAGAAGAGAAGUUUGACAUAAAAUAAAUGCAGAACUUAUUUUCUCAACAACCUACAAAAACCAAUAUGAUAGAGGAUAAGAAACCUAUGCUUAGAAUGAUGUUUGGGGAUGAAAAAUUUCUCAACAACCAUGAUUUAGAUUUAUAAAUCUUAUCUUUAGAGGGAACUCCUAGAGAAGGAUCAGCACCCCCAACACAUAGAUUAAUGACAGAAAAUCCUUAUUUCUUGGCUACUAAUGGUUCUAUUUUUGAAAGAAAUCCCUUCAAGGAGUUUACCACAAAUAAACUUAAUGAAGUGCUCGCAAACAAAAAUUAUAAUGAGAUUGCUUAAUUGAAAGAGGAUGCACUUAAAUAUCAAGAAAAACUAGAAAAAGGUUAUAUAAAUAGACUUGAAAGAAGAGAAGAGCUUUCACCUAAGUCAAGUCAAAGAAGAAAAUAUGAAUUAGAGAGGUGGGUUUCUAGCGAGAGGAAGAAGGUUCAAGAAAAGGUUGAGGAUAACAGGCCAAUUAACUUGUUUGAUUUAGAGUAAGAACGCAGAGAAGCAGCUAUAAUUAUAGAUAAUGUAAAUAAAAAGGCUAAAGACAUUAAGUUUUAACUCCAGAUGAAAAAAUUAGAAAGUCCUAUUCAUAUCUAAGAUUAGUUAUAGACUUACAAAAAACAUAUUAAGAUACAACCAUCACAAAGCAGCAGUAGUAGUGGAGAUGACAGCUCUAGCUAAAUUGAUAUUUCCAUAGAGGAAGAAAUGAAGGAGACAAUAAAAGAUCAAAUGAAAAAAUCUGAGGAAAUUCCAGAGCUAGAGUUACAAAAAAAGAUUAAUGAGAAUCUUCGGGUAAUUGAAAGUCUGAACCAAUAGAUGGAUCUGACUCCUAAAGAAAAAGAUAGAACAUAUGACUUUGCAAAAACAAGCAAUCAAAAAGAUGAACUUCCUACAGCAAUGCUAGAAAUAAGCUUUGAGGAUGACGAAGAUGAUUUUGAGGAAUUCAAAUUUCUUUAAGAAAAAAAUAAAGAAGACGCUGAGCUUCUAAUAAGAUUAGGCAAGUUAUAGCAACUUAAAGAUGAAUAAAAUUUCAUUAGCUAAUAGGAAGAUUCAGUGGACCACUUUUCAUAGCAAGAAAAGUUAACACAGUAAAAGAUUGAAAAUGCUGAUAGGGUGAGCGAAAUGAUUUUUACAGAAUUUAUUCAUUAAGAGACAGAUGUUUUCUUAAUAAACUUUUUGAUGAAACAGAAAGAUCUUAUCAGGUAUCAAGCCUAAGAACAACUCUAAAGAUAAGAAGUCUCCUAAUUUGACAUAUCUAAUUACAAUUCAAACUAGUAAGAGCAUCAAUUUUAAAAUCAGCAGUCACCAUAAUAGCAUGUAUCCCUAAGAUCUGUAACAGUUUCAGAGGAAGAUAUGCCAUCAUAAAAGCAAUUAAAUCAGCAGAAUUCCUUAUCACCUUAAUAGUACAAAGAUGAUUCUAAGAUAGUCUAACUUUAAAAUGAGAAAUACUCUUAAAUAGUAAAGCCUAAUCCAAUACUUGAAGCAUCUUUGAAGGAAUUAACUCAUCAAUCUAGAGAAUAAAUCAAGAGAUUAGGCAUAGACACAUCUAUUGAAUCAAUUGAGUAAUACAUCAAUGAGAUAUUCUCCUAAAUCACUGUCAGAAGAGAACAGUUUUUGCAAGCCUUCAUUACUCCUAUUUAUAAAAAUCCUUUGGAAAUUUUAGCAAAUCUUCAAAGACCUGAUUAUGGAGAUAUGGAGGCUGGAAUGGAUUUCACAAAUUCUCUUGCCUAUAUUCUUAAUGUUCAGCUAUACCUAACCCUCGAGAAAGCUAGAGAAAAUAGUAUCAGUAAUGAUGAUGAGCUUACUGAUAUGAUAAGUGAGUCCCAGCAUAUUCAUAACAAAGUCAUUUUCGAUAGUGUGAAUGAGGCUCUAAAUUAAGUUAGACCAUAUGGGAAUUAAGGUGAACCAAUGCCUUGGAGUAAAAAACCUAGGAAGAACUUAAUGUUUAUGUUUGAUACAACUGAAAAUCUUGAUUAGAUUCUAUAUGAUGUCAAGACUAAAGUGGUGAGUUGGUCUCGUACCAAAGCUGGUGCUCUUCCACCGAAAUACGGAGGAACUAUUGAAUUUCACUCACAGACAUAAUAAAUGGAUGAGGAGCAGUUUGCUCAUUAAAGAGAAAAAUGCUUAGCUUAAUUGCUAGCACAAGAUCUUAUUUAAUAAGAAGAGAAAUGGCUAGAUUAUGAAAUGGAAGAAGCUCAAGUCAAGAUUGACUUAAGUGAUAUAAUUUUGGAACAUUUAAUUGGGGAGACAGUGGAUAUUCUUAAUAAUGUCAAAAAUCCCAGAGUGUCCCCAACAUAUUCCUAAUGA